GAAAACGUUACUUUAGGUCCACAAGUCCGUGAUGGCUCCCAAGUUUUUGGUGUUGCCCGUAUCUUUGCUUCAUUCAAUGAUACUUUCGUUCAUGUUACUGAUUUAUCAGGUAAAGAAACCAUUGCUCGUGUCACUGGUGGUAUGAAAGUUAAAGCUGAUCGUGAUGAAUCAUCUCCAUACGCUGCUAUGUUGGCUGCUCAAGAUGUUGCUCAAAAAUGUAAAGAAGUUGGUAUCACUGCCGUCCAUGUUAAAUUAAGAGCUACUGGUGGUACUCACACCAAAACCCCAGGUCCAGGUGGUCAAUCAGCUUUAAGAGCUUUAGCCCGUUCAGGUUUAAGAAUUGGUAGAAUUGAAGAUGUUACCCCAGUUCCAUCUGAUUCUACCAGAAGAAAAGGUGGUCGUCGUGGUAGAAGAUUAUGA